GCACCGAUGUCUUCCCCACCAGAGGAGGACACCCCCACCCUCGCGUCAAUCAUCCCGGCGUCCAUCCUCUCCUCGGCCCUGUCGGCCGCCGUGUCGGCCGCCAUGGCGGUGGCGAUGGCCGUGGACGGCAAGGAGAGUCUCGCGGCGCUGCUAGAGGAAUGGGAGGAAGCCCAGCGAGGCACCACGGAGCAGCUGGUGUCCAUCCUCACCAAAAUCUCUGAGCUGAUCGAAAAAGAGACGGGAGAGUAUCACAAAGCCGACCCCGACCCGUUUGACGACCGUCACCCAGGACGGGCGGACCCGAACUGCAUGCUGGGAGUUCUCCUGAAGAUACUCUUCAUGAACGACGACUUCACGAACGCCCUGUUGGACACGUACAUCAUGACCAGCAGAGAGCUGAGCCUGAACACAGCCGCCUGCCGUCUGCUUCAGAACAUCAUGCCGGGUCUGGAGACGGGCGUCGUCUUCCAGGAGAAGGAAGGGCUGGUUGAGAAGUUGUUCACCUGGGCUCGUGAAGCGGAGCGACCGCUGUGCGUCUAUGCCACGGGCCUGCUGGCCCGAGCCAUGAGCAACCAGGAGGUGGCGGCCAGCUACAGAGAGGAGAACGCUCAGCUGGUGCCGAUCAUGAUUCAGCGCCUGCGUGAGCUGCAAAGCGAAGAGGCCAAGAGUCGCUCCGGUCCGGCCACGGCGGCGCCGGCCCAGAAUCUACCUCAGGACUCUCAAGACGAAACGAGCCAAACCUCAAACAGCUCAGCAGAGCAGCAGGAGAAGAAGCCGGGAGACGACGGGAAGACUUCGUCACAGCUCGGUUCAGCCAUGAAAAACGGCGGCUGCAGCGGAUCCAGCUCGACCCGACUGCUGCCAGACUUUGUUUACCAAGCGAGCCUAGACCUCGCCUCCAAGGAGGCGGAGGACAGGCAGGGAGGAAGAGGAGCAGGAGGGAGGAGACGGGUGGUGAAGGAGAACGGGAGGAAGGCGAAGCAGAAACUCAACUACACCUCCUCCUCCACCUCCUUCAGGACCGAGGACAAGGAGGAGGAGGUGGAGAGAAACGAGGCGAGCAAGCAGCAGCCCACCAACAGCAGCACCUCCUGGUCCGAGAUGAGCUCCAUGGUGAUCGGCUCCGACUACCACCUCUUACCGCUGAGCCCGGCCAUGGAGCAGAGGCUGAUCCUGCAGUACCUGACGCCGCUCGGGGACUACCAGGAGCUGCUCGCCGUCUUCAUGCAGAUGGACACUCGCUCGUUGCUGAUGAACUACAUCGACCUCUGGCAGACCAAAACUGUCCAGCUCACCUUCGACGCUCUCCUGUAUCUCGCCUCGCUGCUCCUCCAUAAGAAGUUUGCAGCGGAGUUCAUCGCUCACGGAGGAGUUCAAAAACUUCUGGAGAUCCCGAGGCCGUCGAUGGCGGCGACCGGAGUGUCUCUCUGUCUGUACUACCUGGCGUACAAUCAAGAUGCUAUGGAGAGGGUGUGCACGCUCUCAGGCGGCGUGCUGUCCGACAUGGUGUCCUACGCUCUGUGGCUGCUGGAGUCGUCCCACGCUUCAGGCGUCUGCCACGCCACCAUGUUCUUCUCCAUCUCCUUCUCCUUCAGGGCGGUGCUGCAGCUCUUCGACCAUCAGGACGGCCUGCGGCGGCUCGUCAACCUGGUCAGUACUCUGGAGAUCCUGAACACAGACACAGAGGUGUCCGUAAUGAACGACGAUCAGGUGUUCUCCAGCCGACAGACAGCCAAACACACCUGCAUGGCUCUGCGCAGGUACUUCGAGGCUCACCUGGCCGUGAAGGCCGAACAGGUCAAGCAGUCCCUGCACUCGUCAGACGGAGGCACCGUCGUCCCCCAGCAGCCGUUUUACAAGGCGUACACGUACACCAGGGAGCAGGUGAUCGAGAUGAUGGAGUUCCUCAUCGAGUGUGGACCUCCGCAGCUGCACUGGGAAGCGGUCGAGGUUUUCUACAAGCUGUCCUGCGUCCCUCUGAUGCUGCAGCUCAUCUCCACAGCCUGCGACUGGAGGACUUACUACGGCAGGAGUGACACCGUGCGGUACGCACUCGACAUCCUGGCCAUGCUGGUGGUGGUUCCGAAAGUCCAGUUGGUGCUGGCGGACACGGUGGACGUUCUGGAUGAAACCAGGUCGCCUGUUUCCACUGUGGGUAUGAGCAUCAUUCUAGGCGUCGCGGAGGGCGAGGUGUUUGUCAACGACGCCGAGAUCCAGAAGUCUGCGCUACAAGUGAUCAUAAACUGUGUGUGCGCUCCGGACCAGAGCCUGAACACGCUGGGUGCCUUUGCCGUCGCCCCUCUUAGGCCGUCGCUCCACCCCCAGCAGCCCCCGGCUCCCCACAACCGAGUGCUGGCCCACAUGUGGCAGGUGGUGCAGAACAACAACGGUAUAAAGGUGCUGCUGUCUCUGCUGUCGGUGAAGAUGCCCAUCACGGACGCCGACCUGAUCCGCUCCCUGGCCUGUAAGGCUCUGGUCGGACUCUCUCGCAGCACCGCGAUCAGACAGAUCAUCAGCAAACUGCCGCUCUUCACCAGCAGCCACAUUCAGCAGCUGAUGAAAGAGCCGGUGCUGCAGGACAAACGAAGCGAGCACGUCCGUUUCUGCCGAUAUGCCGCUGAGCUGACCGAGCGGGUGUCCGGCAAGCCUCUCCUCAUGGGCAGCGACGUGUCGCUGGCUCGCCUGCAGAGGGCCAACGUGGUCGCUCAGUCGCGGAUCACCUUCUCCGAGAAGGAGCUCCUCAUGCUGAUCAGAAACCACCUCACCGCCAAAGGCCUCCACGAGACGGCCAACUUGCUCAUCAAAGAGGCCAACUUACCUGUAGCAUCGCUCUGUCCACACUCCACCUGCAUCACCCCACCUCCUCCCUCCUCCUCCAUCCUUCCCAGGUCUUGCCGGUUAGCCGGCGGGAUCGCAGCUCGUAACGCUGGCCACGUCGGAUCCUCGCCGGUCUCCUCGGUCGUCGCCCCUGCAGCGGCGUCCUCCUCCACUCCCUCUUCUUCAUCUCGUUGCCUCGUCAGCCCUCACCCGUCAUGCCCCUCCUCAUCCACCUCCACUCACCCUCCUCAUCUGGUCGGGCGGAUUUUGUUCUCGCGGGAGCGCCCGACGGCUCACUGCAGCAGCUCAGGGAAAAAACUCCGCGCGCUGAAACAGAAGUCAGACCACGGUGCUUUCAUCCAGACUCCAGCCAUGAAGAAGCAGCUGGAGCGCCACCUCCCCUCCCCGCCGACCCUCGACAGCAUCAUCACCGAGUACCUGAGGGAGCAACACGCCCGCUGCCCCAACCCCGUCACCACCUGCCCCCCGUUCUCCCUCUUCACCCCGCACCGCUGCCCCGAGUCGAAGCAGCGACGACAGGCGUCGCCCAACUUCACCGCCCGCCUGGGCAGCAGGGUGCUGUACCCGAAGUACGGAGGCGUGGACCGAGGGUGUCUGGACAGACAUCUGAUCUUCAGCAGGUUUCGUCCCAUGUCGGUGUUCCACGAAGGCGACGGAGACGAGAGCGGCUUCACCUGCUGUGCCUUCUCCGCCCGCGAGCGCUUCCUGAUGCUGGGAACGUGCUCGGGUCACCUCAAGUUCUACAACGUCUUCUCCGGAGAGGAGGUGGCCAACUACACCUGCCACACGUCGGCCAUCACGCACCUCGAACCCUCCAGGGAUGGUAAACUGUUGCUGACCUCGGCGUCUUGGAGCGUCCCGUUGUCUGCUCUGUGGAGUAUGGACGGUGUUUUUACCAUGAAGAACUCGUUUGUCGACGAUCACUACGUCGAGUUCAGUAAACUCUCUCAGGACCGAGUCAUCGGCACAAAGGACCAAGUCGCACACAUCUACGACAUCCAGACGGGUCAGAAGACUCUGACGCUGAACGACCCCGCCCUGGCCAACAACUACAAGAGGAACUGCGCCACCUUCAACCCCACCGACGACCUGGUGCUAAACGACGGCGUGCUGUGGGACGUGCGGGCGUCACGGGCCAUCCACAAGUUUGACAAGUUCAACAUGAACAUCAGCGGAGUGUUCCACCCCAACGGCCUGGAGGUCAUCGUCAACACCGAGAUCUGGGACCUGAGGACCUUCCACCUCCUGCACACGGCGCCGGCCCUCGACCAGUGCAGGCUGGUCUUCAACAGCAACGGCACCAUCAUGUACGGAGCGAUGCUGCAGGCCGACGACGAGGACGACGCCAUGGACCAGCAGAUGAAGAGUCCGUUCGGCUCGUCCUUCAGAACCUUCGACGCCACAGACUACAAGCCCAUUGCCACAGUGGACGUGAAGAGGAACAUCUUCGACCUCUGCACCGACACCAAAGACUGCUACCUGGCCGUCAUCGAGAACCAGGACACGGUGAGCUUGGACACGGUGUGUCGUCUGUACGAGGUCGGGCGACAGAAACUGGCAGAAGAGGGAGACGACGACGACCAGGACGAUGAAGAUCAGGACGACGAUGAUUCGUCAGACACGGAUGACUUCGACGCUGAUGAUGAUGACGAUGAGGAUGACAUGGACACGGACCCGCUCAUCGAGGAACUGGCCAAUGACGAGAACCAGGAGAACGGGGACGGAACCAACUCCCCGACGGAUGAAGAGAUCGCAGAUCUUCUCGGCAGUAACAGCAACGACGACGAAGACAACAGCGAUGACGACGAAUCCGAAGACUCCGAACAUUCGGACAGAAGCAACAACAGAUCGGAUUCGUUUGACGCCGACAGCUCGUUUGGCUAUCCAGAACAAUCAGAUGAGGACAGUCCACUCUUCCAGGCGCUCAGGGAACGACGGAUCUGACCGCAGAGAAGACGCUCUCCUUUUGCUCGACGUGGACUUUGUUUUUUAAAGAUUUCAUGUUGCUCUGCUGGACGUUUGUCUGCAGACGAAUGUUUCAGGGGUUUGAACCAAGUUUAGCUCCUCAGUGAGCUUUCAUCUGGUGCUGACGGUCUUCCACACACACUGAUUUAUUUUGAUCAAAGCUAAAAGCCAAAUCGUCACGUGGGCACGUUUCGUUUUCCUCGAUUCACAGCAAUAAAAACUCACAUGAGACGAUGUCGUGUCCACGUUUAAAGAAUUGAGAUGAACAAACUGACCCUGGAUCUGCCCAGUUCACGAGUUUCUAUGCAUAUGACAAUAAAAAAAACACAAACGUCUGCCACUUCAUGAAGAUCACGUCCACACAACAAACUUUGUUUUGCUUUUAGACGUCCAGCGUGCAGGUGGCGAGAGUACAAGUUGCAACCAACUGAAUAUCGAGUGCAUAUGUGAACCUACGGUGGCUGCAAGAAGACGAGAAAGACUGUCUCUAGACCAAGUGUCUGUCCUCUCUGGGUUCCUGCAGGAACGAGGCUCUGAAACUUGUUCUGAUUUCUUUUCAGGCGAUUGUAAACGAAUAAAAACAGUUCUGAAUAUUCUAUUUCCAUUUUUUCACACUGGAUCUUUAACGUCAGAUCAGAUCGACAGAUUUGUGCAGAAAGCGUUUGUCCGUCACGAUGAAUUCGUGAAUAAUUCCCCCAAAAAAUUCAACAAACAAACAAAAAUCCAUUUUAAUGAGAAUAACUUUGGGUUUUUGGGUUUUUCAUUUCGAUUCAGAUCAUUUUUGUUUGUUUGAUUUAAUUUAUUCGACUGAUUUAAUUUAUUUCAGCGUGUUCAACGGGGGCGUUGAGAGCUUUUACAUGUUUGGAGAAGUGUUGAGGAGUUUUAUUAGACUCUGUAUUUUAAUGCUUUGGUAAACUGGCAGCACUCAGCAGACGUCUGUGGAGAAAUCUAUUAAAA